AUCCUUAUCAAAUUCAUUCACAUCCGACCUUAUAUACUUUACUCGUCUCUGAAUACAUCUAGCUGUCCAUAAGCAUCCAUAUCCCACACGCGAAAACUAGGUUCUUGAGUUAAAGCUGUUCUUCCGGACAGAUGAAGUCUGGAUGAACCCUCAAGAACAAUAUCAUCAUAUCUUGGGCUCCAUGAUUUGCCCCAUUCGAAACCUAUCUCCCAUCGACGCCGAUACUUCAUAAUACAUGACCAAAUCUAUUAGCUCAAUUCAGAUUUUAAAUCUUCCCACAGUCCCAAGAUAAUACCUAUCAAUCCAAGGUUUGGAAAUUCACACAAUCAUUUUAUUUACCUUCAACAAAGACGUGGAUUUUUUUUAUAGAUUAAACAAGGCUACGGCUCCAAAACAUAGCUCAAUAUUCUCUAUCUUCAGAAUUAUCACGCGCUCUCUCGAAGAUCAUCGACCUAAGACGCGCUCGUGGGUUCUUUUGCUUACCUCUCACACGACCUCAUCACUCUGAUCAGUCGCACUGCUUCAAGUUGCUUCUCUGCUAUUCGACGCACAAUAACCACUUUCUACACUCGUUUGCAGCUCUAUCAACCCGUCACGACGAUAUCUUCACCUCUUGAAUAUCGAAAUGCGACAUCCACUCGCCUUGCUGGCGGUGGUUAUCGUCUUGCUGUGUUCCUUACUAUGCAUGGCAGAUAAGUCAAGUUCGAGUACCAGUUUGGAUGUCCUAACCCUUACUUCAUUCACUACCAUUCAACCAAAACCCAUCAUUAUAACAUCCUCGGAAGUAUGCUUCCCGCGCUGGCAAGAAGGGUGCAUUCUCAGCUAAUGAGUAUAUUAGUAUGUGACUCCAAGUACUAAGUCUCAAGGAGAAUUUACCGUGACUGGGGCAUUGGUCAUAAUUUCUACAAAUUACCCGCCAAAUGAGUCACCAGUAAGAGGAACUUCGACGGAAUUCCGCACUUUCACGUAUCCAGGACCAAUCGAGACAACAUUCCCAACGGUGUCAACAAGUACCUUGAGCUUACCUAUCCCACAAACCGCCGUCACUUCAAGUACUGAAGACAGCAAAACAGGACCAUUGACAUCGGAUUUCUCAUCGAAGACCACUACAAGCAAAUCUGAUGUUAUGCCUGUCUCUUCCACAACAUCAUCCUCAACCAUGACAUAUGCCACAUCCCCAUCAACAUCAACAGCAUCCAACAGGGAAGAUCAUAAGUCAACACCAAUUGUGGUCAUAAUAGUUCCUAUCAUUGUUGGUGCGGUCCUCACUCUCGCAGCAAUCGGCUUGCUUAUAUGGUGGUUACGUAGAAGGAACUUGCAGAAGAGAAACAAUGAUGCACUACCCUUUAUUGCACUACCGGGAGGAAACAUGCAUGAUGGGCAGACUUCACACAUAAACAAAGGGAAUAGGAUAUCCUUCCAGAGGAUUAGCUUGCGAAAGGACCGGGCAAGUUUCUUCGAUGCUUUAGGCUCGACGAGCAAAAAGUUAUGGCCGUCUUGGCCUUUUGGUGAAAAGACGACCUUGGGCACUGAUUCUAUCAAACAAGCCAUUAUGGGGGCUGCAGUACCAGUUCCGUUAACACCAUCACGACCCGUAAGGUCUUAUGAGCAAGAAUUGCAGUAUGUCACCAGCCCUCUACCAGCUGAGCUUCCCGGCGAUUCCACGUUACCUCAUGAUAAAGCCCCGACUGUCCACCGAUCAAAAUCUCUGAAUGGUACAUCUAUCGCUCCUUCAAUUCUGCCAAAGUUUCCAGACAGGGAUCCCAAGUUGAGUGGAAAAGAAACCACUAGGUAUGUUUGUGCUGAGCCGGAACCUCGGCAAGUAAAAAAGAGCCUUGAUGAAUCAACACAGUCAUAUUGGUCAAACAAUGACGGCCAUAUCUCAAAUCAAAGUUCCGAGCUUCAUGGGGAGGUUCUAUCGCCUUCUACGCCGGCUACAGCAUGGCCUUCCGGCAGUAAUCGACAGCUUCUCGCACCCUCGAUCCCUCAAACUCGAAAUAAAUUGGUUACAACACCAACCAAGAAUUGGAUCGAGCCUCCGUCAAGCUUUUCCACGCCGACGAACUCUACUUCGCCCAAUACAAACUCCAGCGGUACACAGUCUACGCCAAAUAACUGGAUCGAACCGAUAUCUGACGCCGCCACCGGAAAUAGAAAUCGCUCAUACAAUGCCAUUCUCCCUUCCCCGGCAGAAGCCGAUGUUCUACGUACUGUUGCAGAACGCGAUAAUGCUCUCGCUAUGUUGGAAGGAAGAGGAAAAGUAUACGGAACGGCCAGCAUAUCCGAUAUCUAUGGCGAAGAUAAAGAACACCAGUUUCGCGAAGAGACAAUGAGCAAAGCCGUAAAAAGAAGUCUAGCACGACGAGAAGAAAUUCGGGCUCGAUUUCCAUUCGCAAGUGCACCAGUACCGGGCACCGUUACUGACGAUAGCCACGAUGUUUCUUAUACACCAACUGAGGGCGGAUCGUCCAUCCAGCGGAUUGAUAAGAAUAAUGGACAUGGGGGGUGGAUGUGAAGCAGUUACGGGGUAAUGAUAAUGAAGCCGCCAUGACUACAUGAUCGGAGGAGCAUUUGCGGCGUUUGCGGAUACCAUACUGAGCCGGUUCUCACAAGACUUUUCCCAGAUUUAUACCUCCCUCUUAUUGUUUCUUUUGUUUAUGACUGGGACGCUGAGAAAUUGAUUAGAAGGUAAAGAGUGAUUGGCCAUGGACGAAUGGAUAAAUUGAUGGGGUCAUGGAGGAUUGGGAUGACGGAGCUCUUUACAAUGAAGCGAAGCAAGCCAUAAUAGCAGAAGAAAUCUGCUCUUUCUUCCCUCUAAGAACUGCUGAUAUCUAAUGAUGAUUGGAAGGAAGUAAAUUUCCUUAAUUUUGAUAUAGAAUCAAUAGAAAUCAAUAGAACUGACAAACAAAAGUAUU